AUGCUAUUUACUUUAGCUACCGCCGUUUCUCUCGUCACUUCUGUUGUUGUUCAUGCAAUGUGGCAGGAAUUCUGGAUUGGGGACGUUGAUGCUGGUUCAUCGUGCGUACGGCUGCCCGUCAGCAACUUCCCCAUGACCGACUUUUUCACAACAGGAAUUGCUUGCAAUGUCGCAGUGAUAGCCAGCACCGGGUUGCUCUCCGGCGAUGCAGUGACCGUAGAAAUGCACCAACAACCUAAUGAUAGGUCCUGCGUCAAUGAGGCUAUCGGUGGAAACCACUACGGACUUGUAUACGUUUACAUGGCUGCUGUUGAUGAUGCUACCACCGCAGUUGGCUCUGAGGCAGCUUGGUUCAAAGUAUCCGAGUCGGGAUUGGUGUCGAACAACCUUGACUUUUUUGUUUCUGUGGAUCUGAUGCAGGACAACUGCGGACAUUACACAUUUAACAUCCCGGCUGACAUCGCCCGGGGCAACUACCUCUUUCGAGCCAUUGGUAAUGCAUACCUACUUGUAGCUUUACAUGUUGCGGCGGCAGAGGGCGGGGCUCAGGAUGUCUACAUCUUGCUCUGUUCCCGCUGGAUACCGAUUAUGUUGUUUUCGCUUCCAGUCGGCGGCUCAGGAACAGUUACUCCCGACGCCGUUAAUUUGCCUGGUGCAUGCAGCACUGAAGACCCAGGUAUCCUUAUUAACGUAUACACACAGCUGAAUAGCUAUAUCGUUCCGGGACCCACUUUAUACGGAACCACUGAGGCAGCUGUUGCUACGCUGCUUGAGACACUGCUUCCUAGCCCUCGACCGUCUUACUACAGUUCCUACAUCGUAGAAGUAGCUUUAGGUAGUUGA